UAUUUAAGACAUAUAUACAUUUUGCUCUAUUUUGUGUACACCCCAUUUCAGCAUAAUUAAGGUUUGUGUUAUUGUUACAAUGGAGGGUAGGGGUAAGGCCAUCAUUGAUGGAGUAGAAGGGAAUUAUGGAAGAGAUGAAUUGGCUAUGAAAAAACCUCCUGCGGGUGGUGGUUCUUGUGAAUUGGUUCUUAGGUUUUUGGGCUUUGUUCUAACCCUUGCUGCUGCUAUAGUUGUUGGGACGGAUAAGCAGACAACAAUUGUUCCCAUCAAGGUUGUAGAUUCAUUGCCUCCUUUGAAUGUUGCUGUUUCUGCUAAGUGGCAUUACCUUUCUGCCUUUGUUUACUUUCUGGUGGCAAAUGCAAUAGCAUGCACAUACGGAGCCAUCUCUAUGCUACUUACCUUGCUAAAUAGAGGAAAAAGCAAAGUGUUUUGGGGAACAUUGAUCACUAUCUUUGACGCAUUGAUGGUGGCUUUGCUAUUUUCCGGCAACGGUGCCGCCACCGCAAUUGGUGUCCUUGGCUACCAAGGAAACUCUCAUGUGAGAUGGAAGAAAGUGUGUAAUGUCUUUGAUAAGUAUUGUCAUCAAGUGGCUGCCUCAAUUAUUCUGUCUCAGCUUGGAUCAUUAGUAUUCCUCUUGCUAGUAGUGCUUCUUCCUAUCUUGAGGUCUCGUCGAAGAUCUUAGUCAAUAAUUAAAUCAUAAUGUUAUUUUUGCGUGAAGAUAUUAAUUAAUUUGUAUUGUAAUACGUACGAGUGUGACCAAUUUGCCACGAUUGAACCUCACCUCAACACAUAUUGUGCAUGAUACUUGUGUAGAUUAUGUUUGGUAAAAAUAAGCAAGUAUAAGCUAUUGGACCGAUUAGACAUCCUAUAAUAUAUAUUCCCUCCGUCCCAAA